AUGAACGCCACAGCUCUCAGGCGGCCUCUCGGCUGCCUCAAGGCGGCGCUGAGACAGACGAGACACCAGAGGGCGUCGCAAAGAUGCCUAGCCACGGCGGCAACAACCCCGUCAGAAACCAAGGAGGCCAUUAGCAUCAGGCAACGCGCCGAGGCCGAGAAGAUCAGCAGAUUCCAAAUAUGGCCGCAGGUCCCGUCGGUCCGAUCCACGCACCCCGACCCGAUGCCCGUUCUUCGACAGCAGGCCAUUGCGGCGCUCGACCCGACGGGCGCGCGAACGCGGCUCUUCUCGCGCGAGCAUGCCGACAGCGCCAAGGUGGGCGACGUGCUCAUGGUGACGACCAAGGCGGGCGAGCCCUUCUCGGGAGCCUUCAUUCAGAUCCGGCGGCGAGGCACCGACACGGCAAUCCUGCUGCGCGGGCAGAUGAUGCGGACGGGCGUGGAGCAGUGGUUCAAGGUCUACAGCCCGACGGUCACGGGUAUCGACAUCAUCUGGCGCCGGCCGAAGCGGGCGAGGAGAGCCCGGCUCACUUACAUGCGCCAGCCCAAGCACGACAUGGGCAGCGUGGACCAGCUCGUGUCAGCGUGGAAGAAGGAGAGGUACGCCCUGCGGAGCAAGUCGAAGCAGGCGCCGGGCAAGAAGGCAAGGAAGUGA